AUGACAAACUUAGAUUUAAAACCUAAAUACGAGCCAGGUGAGAAGUUACUUUGUUUCCAUGGUCCUCUUAUGUACGAAGCAAAGUGCUUGGAUGUUAAGGUGAAGGAGGAUGGUGUUAUGUAUUUUGUGCACUAUCAAGGUUGGAAUAAGAAUUGGGAUGAGUGGGUGACCGAGAAACGUAUGUUUAAGUAUAAUGAGGAAGGCUUGAAGAAGCAAAAGGAACUUGAACGACAAAUAAGGUCUGGAAAAGUUAAAAUUUUAAGAAAGUCUGACCUCAAGUCUCAGUCUCUACCACCUCCAGAAGUCCUCAAGGAUGUAGAGCGGACACUGAAGCCUGCUCUGGUGAAACAAGAAGAGAAUAGCUCUAAAGCAAAACAGGUAAAAAAUAAUGAGGAAACAAUUAAACCGGAUAAUAAUGCUACUAGCGGGGCAAAAGAGAGCGAAGAUGUCAAACCACCGACUAAGCCGGUUGAAGAUUCCCACGCAGUGUCAGCCCAAUCUGUCACAGUAUCAAGUAGAAGAAGAAAAAGCCGAGCAACAUCAGGAAUAAAGUCUCUUGAAAAUGAUAAUGGUCUUCUUUCUAGACCACAGCUGACAGUAUCAAUACCUCCAUCCUUAAAAGCUUGGCUUGUGGAUGACUGGGAUUUAAUUACCCGACAAGCUCGACUUUAUGAGCUUCCUGCUUCUCAGCCAAUAUCUACUCUCCUAUCAGACUUCUUAGAAAAUUCUGAAACUGAGAUGAAAUCUCAACCAAAUCCUGAAAUGAAUUCAACUUCCGAAUCUCAGAAUUCCCAAAUAAGUGCCAGUCCCACAAUAAGACCAGACUUAAGGCGUGAAUUUGUUGCUGGGAUUCAGCACUACUUCAAUCUUAUUAUCGGUUCUCAUCUUCUAUAUAAAUUUGAACGACUGCAAUAUGCGGAGCUACUAAAACGCCAUACAGACAAAAGAAUGUCAGACAUUUACGGUCCGAUUCACUUGCUGAGGCUAUUUGUUAAGCUUCGAGAGAUGAUUUCAUGUACCAAGGUCGACAUUAAUAGUCUCCCUAUUCUGGAAACUUUGGUCGCCGAAUUUUUGCAGUUUCUGAGACAGAAUGAAACCCGUUACUUCCGAAUCGAGGAUUACACUGUUGCCACUGCUGAAUAUCAACGAAGAGCAAUGUGUUGA